AUGGAACGCAUCACCCACGCUCAUGGCAUCCAGUAUGAUGGCGCGAUGCAUCUGACCUACGGUGAUGGUUUGGCCAGUCCAUCUGGAGCAUCGGCUGCGGUCCAUCGUGUGUCCGACACCGUGGGGAUACUGUUGAACGCCACCCUGUAUCGAUUGAGUGUCUAUCUACAGCCCCGUGCAGCCUUAUCUGUUCAUGCCCGAUUCAACGCGGAAGCUGAAACCGGGCAAAUCUAUGCAGCCAGCAUUCUCCAUUUGGCGACUCACGCCUGCGAUGCUGUGUUCUGUCGACCGAGUGGCAGGGUUCAACAGCCGAAAUUUGGUCUGAGUUUGCUUGCUGGACACUUGAUCGCUGAUGCUACUCUGGUGACAGUUCGUCGAUCGACGGCCGUCUCUGCCUUUCUCAUGAAGAUCGCAUACCGGCGGAAUAGACCUGAGCACCAGGAUUGCACCCCCACGGGCAAUUGA